GCUGGUUGAGCCAUUCUGCUGCGUUUCUAGCUGUAUGUGCGGUGGUGUGUGUGGAUGUGUGUGUGUGUUUGAAAGUCUGUUCGAGUUUAGAAAGUUUUGUGCCUAAGCAGCCGGUGACGUAGCCGCUUUGUUUUUGUUUUGGUGUUUGUUGUUACCGCCGUGACCUACUGUGCAAAACGAUUUGAAGGCGGAGAUUCAUUCUGCAGAGCUUCCUCGGUGGAUUUGUUCCAUUUUUCGCGGCAAUGGCAACGCAACUGCUGUGGCUGUGUGUAGCAGCAGCAGCAGCACUGCUGGUCUGCUCGAACCCGACCCACGGCACACCGAUCGACACGGUGACGGCACACAACCCGCUGCCCGUGCCGACGGCCACCGAUGGUUCGGCCGGGCUGGAGUCGCUCCUCCCGACCAGGGUGACCGAGGUGGCGAGCGGCACCACCGAAACGAGCAAGAUGUCCCGCUUUCUCGACGACUUCACCUCCGCCUUCAAGCAGGGCACGGCCAAGAUGAAGGAGAGCCUGGAGAGCGCCGCCAGCUCGGUAAAGGACGGCGUGAUGCAGGGGUACGACUACGUGCGCAGCAAGCUGACCGGCGGUGGCGCCGGGCCCGACCCGUCCACCCCGACCGCGCCGGCCGACGACGCCGCCAGCAAUGUCACCUCAACCACCUCGACCGCGUCGGCCCUCACCGCCCCGGUCGCCCCAUCAACCGUGCGGCCAGCAAUCAGUGGCGGUGCCGCCGGCCUAUCGGACGCCGCCGCCAUCGGCGUGUCGAACGAACCGGCCCGCAUCGUGCCGAACGACGACGAGGACGACGAGCGGAUCUUCUUCAACGACAAGGACUACACCGCGGUCAAGCCGCUCGACGGCAGCGAGGACGAGCGGGACGUCACCGAGUCCCCGGUCACGACGACCGUCGCCGUCGACAACCGGUUCAUCAUAGCCGGGCCGCUCGCGUGCAAAAGCGGGCAGGAGGUGGUCAACGGGAAGUGUCGAAAUGUGUUCUGAGCAAACGCGGUGCAAGGGGGGGGUGGGGGGGCGCUCCUCCAUUCAAUCCUCCUCUUCCUACGAUGGUCCCAUCACGUCGACGUCUCGAAACUGUCCGUUGGGGAGUGAUGAUUUGCAUUCACGGAUGCCCUUGUAUUGGGGAUUGGGGAGGGGGUUUGUGUGAUUCCCACCCUUCCUUCUCUAUCCCACACGAACCCUCCCACUCGGUCUCUCUUUCUCACUCACUCUCUUUCCACCUCCCCUCCCCCACCCCCUCUUACCUAGAGCGCCAUUUCGUUAGGAAGUGUGAUUUUUUAAUUUAAUUCUAUUACCGCUAAUACGCGGCCGACGCGCGUUUGCUUGCCACACGGCACACACACACACACACAUACACUGUGCACGGUGACUGAGCUAACGCAAGACGCUGAAGAAAAAGAACAAAAAAAAAGGAAAAGAAAAAAAAAAACCCAGCAUAAAUCCCCACCCUCCCGUCUAGUGACACGGUGCUUGGGUGGUUUUUUUUUUAUUCUUCUUCUUCUUUUCUGUGUGCUGGAGGUGUUGGAGACUUACCGAGUAGCAGCAGUGCCGACGGUGCACGCCAGAAGAACACAUAAAAAGGGAAAGGAAAUAAAUUUCAUUUGAUUAGCAAACGGAACAAUUGGUGUGGAUCAUCUGUGCCUUGUGCCCGUUGAAAGAUAUAAUAGAGUAAGGAUAGGGAGAGCGAAAGAGAGGGAGAGAGAGAGAUAUGUGUGAGAGAGAGAAUGAGAGAGCAUGAACGCAGAACAUAAAAAAGGUAAGCAAGUGCGAACAGUUUCCCGCGAUCAAUUAGAUCAGAGAUGUCAAACUGGGGGCCCGCGAUCGAAUGAUCAAAUUUUGAUUGUCAGACCAUACAUAGUCAUAAAACCUUGUAGGUGUUGUUUUCCUACCUUGUUUCUAUACCUCGGGUGUAUGCACCAAAUUAGAUAAGAAAUUCAACAACUGUUCGAGUUAUAAAGGAAAAAUAAAAAAAAAUGUUUAUUUUGAUGAAAAUGAGCAUUCAGAUCCAGAAAAAGUUUACAAAAUUGGUAAAAAAAAAACAGUCAAAAUUAUGUUAUACCCUUUCGGAUGAAUAAAUUUGUUAGUAACAAAUGUUUGAUGAUAGCAACAACUCGAAUUUAGGCUUUAAAUGCAUAAAAUAUCGUAAAUUUCCGCAAGUAUCGUACCCACCUGUAUGCCGGUUUAGAACCUUACUCUUUUUGAAUCAAUCAAGGUACUUGGUGAUCUUGAAAGAGCAAUUUCUAUUAGAAAAAUAAAUGGAACUAAGAUAAACUAAA